UCAUGAGAUUUAUAAGAGAGAAAAAAUAGGACUAGUCUAUUACUCUAUUUCACUUCUUUUGGCGGCAGCUUUACAUCUCUCCAUCUUUUUGUCGCAUGAUUUAUACUUCUAAUAUUACUAAUCAAUUCGUUCAGUUUUUGAUGCGUAACAAAUUCUUAAAUCCCAACACAACAAAAGAUAAGCGAAAACAAAUAAGAUAACAAAAUCAUUUCAAAUUCAUCUUUUACUAUCUCUGUUUUUCUCUCUCUCUUCAACUUUUGUGCCAAAAUCUCCUGAUUGUUGAUGGUCAUCUAAUUUUCUCUCUCCUCCAUUUUCGAAAUUCGAAGAUUCUCGACUACUCCGCUCAAGAUUUAGUUUUUGUUAUUUUGGAGAGCGGAUCUUUAGGAGAGGUCGAGUAUCACGUUGACUUGCCUCAUAUUGUUAGGGAUCAUUCACGAUGGUUGCUUUUGGGAAAAAGUUGAAAGAGAGGCAGCUUCAAGAAUGGCAAGGGUACUACAUCAACUACAAAUUAAUGAAGAAGAAGGUCAAGCAAUAUGCUCAACACAUCAAUAACGAAACUUUGGACCGACGCCAGGUUUUGAAAGAUUUCUCAAGAAUGCUGGAUAAUGAGAUCGAAAAACUUGUCCUCUUCCUUCUACAACAACAAGGGCUACUUGCUGGGAAGUUAGCCAAACUCGGAGAGCAGCAUAAUUCUCCUGAUCAACAGCCAGAUAUAGCCCAGAUAACUCAAAUCCGGGAAGCCUAUAGAGAAGUUGGACUGGAGCUUCUAAAGCUUCUAUACUUUGUUGAGAUUAAUGCUAUUGGUCUCCGUAAGAUUCUUAAGAAGUUCGAUAAACGUUUUGGUUACCGUUUCACUGAUUACUAUGUCAAAACUCGUGCCAAUCAUCCUUACUCUCAGCUGCAGCAAGUGUUUAAGCAUGUGGGAAUAGGAGCAGUUGUGGGAGCUAUAACUCGUAAUCUUGGAGAUCUGGAGGAGCGCCAAGGAAGCUAUGCAUCUAUAUAUGAUCAGCCUGCUUUACCCCUUCAGGAUCCGGUGAUUGAUUCAAUAAAAUUAGCUGUAGAUAGGCUUGGCUACUCGACAAAUUUCCUUCACUUCCUGGCACAACAUGCACUUAUCAUGCAGGAUGAGAUAUUACCAACACCAACUGAGGAGCAAAUUGAUGACAAAAGAUACAAUUUCAUGUCACUUAUCUUGAACUUAGCCAACACAUUUUUAUAUAUGGUUAAUACAUAUAUUAUCGUUCCAACUGCUGAUGAUUACUCCUUGAGCCUUGGAGCUGCUGCAACUGUUUGUGGUAUCAUUAUUGGGGCAAUGGCUGUUGCACAGGUCUUUUCUUCAGUGUAUUUCAGUGCCUGGUCUAACAGAUCAUACAUCAGACCUCUUAUAUUCAGCAGCAUCGUUCUUUUUGUGGGAAAUGUCAUGUAUGCUCUUGCCUAUGAUUUUAACUCAAUAUGGAUCCUCUUGAUUGGUCGUCUCUUCUGUGGAUUGGGUUCUUCUAGAGCCGUUAAUCGGCGCUACAUCAGUGAUUGCGUUCCCCUAAAAAUUCGAAUGCAAGCAUCAGCUGGUUUUGUCAGUGCAAGUGCUCUUGGAAUGGCAUGUGGUCCUGCUCUUGCUGGUUUACUUCAAAUAAAGUUCAAGUUUCUCAACUUGACCUUCAACCAGGAUACUUUGCCGGGCUGGGUUAUGGCAGCUGCCUGGCUACUUUAUUUAGUUUGGCUGUGGAUUGCGUUUGUAGAACCUCCGUUUGAAGAUGAUAAUGUCGAACAACAAUCUACAACAGAAACAAAGCAGAAUGAUGUGAUGGAGAGAGGUCUUAAGCAACCUUUGCUUAUUACAUCAGAAGGAAAUGGGAGAAGUCCAGAAGAGAAAGAACAAGAUGAUGACGAUGAUGUUGAUACAGAAUUUGACGGUAGUGAAGAAGCUCCUGAAGAAUCCCGGAAACCAGCUACCUCAAUUGCAUCUGCUUACAGAUUGCUCACCCCUUCUGUUAAGGUUCAAUUGUUGAUUUAUUUCAUGCUCAAGUAUGCAAUGGAAAUUUUGCUUUCAGAAUCUAGUGUUGUUACAACAUACUACUUUGGUUGGUCUACAAGCACAGUCUCCAUUUUUCUCUUCUGUCUUGGCCUGACGGUACUUCCUGUGAAUAUUGUUGUUGGAAGCUACAUCAGUAAUAUGUUUCAAGAAAGGCAAAUUCUAUUGGCAUCUGAGAUUGUGGUUCUCAUCGGUAUCUUGUUGAGCUUCAACUUGUUUAUUAAAUAUUCUGUUCUGCAAUAUGUCGUUUCGGGCUUGAUCAUGUUUGUCUCUGCUGAAGUUCUUGAAGGUGUCAACCUGUCGCUCCUCUCUCGAGUUAUGUCAUCGAGACUCUCACGUGGAACGUACAAUGGUGGACUACUUUCAACCGAAGCUGGGACACUGGCACGAGUGGUUGCAGAUGCCACAAUUACCCUGAUCGGGCUCAUGGGUCAAAGUCGUCUACUGAAUUUGACUCUGCUCCCUUCGUUGUUUAUUUGCAUAGGCUCCAUAGCUGCUACUUGCUACACCUACAAUUCCCUCUACUGAUUAAUUUAUCUGCUAUCAAAAGCUUAGUGCACUCUUUUGGUGCAUCUCUUUCCUUCGCCUUUGUUCCCAGUUCUUAAAUUUUGGUUGUUUUCUUCAGUUUUGAUUUUAACAAUUCUUGCUGUAUAUUGUAGGGCAAAAUAGGCCUAUUUGUUAGUACUUUGCCCUCAAUUGCGCCUCUGUAGUUAGAAUACUUGAGGCGGUUUGCAGUGGGCAGUAAUAAUGCUUUUAAUUUAAAUUGUGCCGGUUUCAGCGUGA